AUAUAAAUAUAAAAUUCAAAAGUAAGGAAAGUAGAGUAGAUUAAUCGCCUCUCUCUCUCUCUCUCUCUCUCGCUCUCGUUUGGUGUGCUUCUCAUUCUUAGCUUUUUGUCACCCCUUCAAGUAAUCUGAUAUUUUCAAAAUGGGUGGAAAUUCAAUAGAGGAUGAUUGGGAACUUACCUCCCCUUCGAAUGGGGUUCGGACUGUUGUUUUGGUCGGGCGAACAGGCAAUGGUAAAAGUGCAACUGGUAACAGCAUUCUUGGAAGAAAGGCCUUCAAGUCGAGGGCGAGUUCUUCCGGUGUUACGAGCACUUGUGAAUUGCAGAGGACCGUCCUGAGAGAUGACCAUAUUAUUAAUGUUAUUGACACUCCCGGGCUUUUUGAUUUUUCUGCUGGAUCUGAGUUUGUUGGCAAAGAAAUUGUCAAGUGCAUUAACUUGGCCAAGGAUGGGAUCCAUGCAGUCCUUGUGGUUUUCUCUGUCAGGACUCGGUUUUCGCAAGAAGAGCAAGCUGCUCUUCACAGCUUGCAAACUUUAUUUGGUAGCAAAAUUUUUGAUUACAUGAUUGCAGUGUUUACUGGGGGAGACGAACUCGAGGAUAAUGAUGAGUCUUUGGAAGAUUACUUGGGCCGCGAAUGUCCUGAGCCCUUAAAGGACAUUAUCACUCUCUGUGAAAAUCGCCUUGUGCUUUUUGAUAAUAAGACUAAGGAUGAAAGCAAGAAGUUUUAUCAAGUUCAGCAGCUUCUCUCCCUUGUAAACAAGGUCACUGCACAGAAUGGUGGACAACCGUACACAGAUGAGAUAUUUGCUGAAGUGAAGCAGGGGGCUAUGAGACUUCGUGAUCAACAAGAAGAGGUUGACUCUUUAUCCUUGGAAAAAUAUACUAAACGAGAAAUAUCAGAGAUGAAGGAGCUGAUGCAUAAGUCAUAUGACGAGCAGCUUAAACGAAUUACUGAGAUGGUCGAGUCGAAGUUGAGGGAGACAACUAGUAGGCUUGAGCAACAGUUGGCGGAAGAGCAAGCAGCAAGACUGAAGGCAGAAGAGAAUGCGCAGAAAGCUCAGUUCAGAUCAGAUGAGGAAAUUCGGAAGCUUAGAGAACAUCUGGAGCAAGCACAUGAGGAGCUCCGUAAAAGAGGUGAAAAUCGGUGUGCCAUCCUGUGAAUGUAGUUAUUGUUAAGAUCUAAUAUGGUAUUUCAUAUUUGGGAACAAUAUUUACAUAAGUUCGUUUCUCUAAAACAUAUUCUGUACUAUGAUGUUUUAUGGUACGUUAUUUUCUCGUAGGCAAUAUGGGUCUUUAUAGGGUGUUUAAAUAGCCAUAUUUUUCUGUUCACGAUGAAUUUCAGUUAAUACUGUUUAUAUCUAUGCUUU